AUGACCUUCGAAAGUACUGACGUUUCACUAGGCCUUGAAGAAACUCCGCCUCUGACGGUAGAACUGUCCUCCACCAAUCCAACACUUAGACGAUUGAUUCUCGAAGCCACUGAUUUAUCCGCGAGGGUCGCUAAAAAUGUGACCGAGGAGGAGGCAGAGAUUGGACAAGCUGGUGACACGCAGGCGUGUCAAGCAGCAAAGCAGGAGAUAGACAUGCUAUAUACGGUCCUACUCAAGACAGCCAUGCACCUUAAGCCUUCUACCAAGUCCGAUCUCCAGAAAUAUCUGCCGCCACUGCUGCCUGCGCUGUUCAUUCCAGCGCGACCUCCAUCAGCAGAUCGUGAGGACGCCUUCAUGUCUGGCACUAUAGCGACCUCUGGAACGGCGAACGUGAAGAUGCCCACAAGCCUGUGGAACCUGCACUUGCCUGCGACUCCUCCUGAUGACUUUGACCACACUGACACUGAUGAUGCAAUUGAGGAAAGGACACAGACUCGUCCUAAUGAUUCAGUAGUCAGCAAGCCAAGCGGUCGAUGCCCAGCUUCAAGCAAUCCGGAACAAUCACAGGAUAGUCCAGGAAGUCACUCGCCUCCGUUGAGUCAACCAACCAUGCAUAGACCACCGUGGGAGGAUUUGCAUCUGAUUGACGCAGGAAGAAACGACAAGUCAGAUACGAGGAUAUCACCAUUGUCAACUUCAGAACCAUGUUCGCCUAACCAGCAGCCAUCUGAGGACAAGCCUACAUCGCGGGGUCAACAGCCUCUUGAGGGAGAGGGCUCGAAAGUCCCUGCUCGAGCUCCUUCUUUCCGAUCCGCAGCACGUGAAGCCAGGGACAAGUUGGCCGGACAGGCAACGCCGUGCCCACGGACAAGCAGAAAGCGAAAAGCACGUAACACGUCAGGCGCAAAAGAUCUCUACGAUAUCGUGGCUCAGCUAGGUGGCAGAGAAGUCCAAGAAAUAAUGCAAGAAGCAAAACCUUUCCCGGAGCAACCACAACAGACUUCACAUCCUCUCAGGCGACUGGGCGUUUCCAGCAAAUCAGAGCCCUUGACAAUGUCGCUCGUCGCCCAGUCUGUGCAAAGAGUCAUGCAACAUUCUUCAUCCCAGUGGAUCAAUGCUGUGCUGCAUCGUUUUGAUGUGGUGUUCUUACACCGUUUCUAUUUAGCCGCAAAGCACGAAGUCUCUGUUGCGAGGGUCCAAGGCCGGCCAAGCGUAUUUAUCGAAGAAAGUGCUAAAUUACUCCAAAUGCAUGGUCACCACCCAACAAAGCCACAGUGUAACAAAGUUCCGUCAGUCGUGCUGGAUCGCUUGACCGACUUUGCAUGCUUGGGAGGACCUGAAACAAAUCAGGAUCGUGAGUCCAUUCGCACGAAACUCGGGAAUGUGCAACAACUAGGAAAACGUUGGCAAUAUCUAGUGGAUCACGUGAACGAAGAUGUGUUGGUAUUGUUUCCUCCCUCUGUGAAUGAUUAUAGGUCGCGACACAGCUUGCACAUGAAUGACCAGACUGUCAAAUGGCUCGCAGGCCUUCUGCAAGACCGUCGAAAAUCUUUAAGUGCUGCAAGUCCUGAGAUCUUGAAACUUGCUGAGCUUGCCCUCGAGAAGACUUUUCGAUCAUAUUCCCGCAGACAAGAAGAGAUUUUCGGUGGAGCCGGACGAUUAUUGAGAGUGCCCCGGCCCUUGGGUGAUAAGGAUAAAAGCGACGGUGGAAGCGAUGACGGAAACGACGAUGGAAGUGAUAACGAAAGCCACGACGAAGACGGCGACGGCGAAGACAAUAUCUCCCAAACUCUUGACAGUCCCUCAACCGGCGAGAGCCAUCGAUCUGAAAACGGGCUUCGUUAUUGCAAAGAAAGUUGCACAGAAAGCGGCGCUUCGAUCACUGCAGAUGGAGCAGAAGUGUACGGGUCUGAUGCUCCAGCAGCCACUUCGUCUACCUGGCCUGUCCAUAGGCAAAGGUUGUCAGACAUAGACAUGGACGGGCCGACCGAGAAUGAGCUCGCAUUUGAUGGUAUGCUCUUAUCUGAUGAUAUGCUCCCAUCCGAUGAUAUGUUCGACAAAUUCAUCGACUAUGGUCUUUCCGAAUGA